AUGGCGAGGACCAUCACAUCGCCCGCCUUCAUCGCGUCGAGCACCGAGUCGACGCGGCGGCUCGGGCGGAGGACGGUGAAGCGCUGCCGCGCCGCUGUCGCCGCCGUCGCGCCAUCGGCCACCGCCGCGUGCGAGAGCAGCUGCUCCCCGAUCGCCUCGGCCUGCGCGUCUUCGCCCGCCGCGACGAUGACGAGGACGCGGGGCGGGACGGCGGCGUCGGCGUCGGCAGCGGCGCGCCGCGCCGCGACAACCUGCGUCUGCUUGGCCUGCCGCGCCUGCUUGGCCAUGUUGCGGCGGGCCUGCUUGCCCGCUUCGGCCUUUGCGACGCCGCCGCUCGGCCGCGAGGAGCGAGGCUGGAGGGGCGUGUACGAGGACAAAAAAUCUCGCCGCUUCCGGGCGCAGCGCAAGGUUGACGGCAAGAAUGUCUCCCUCGGCUGCUUUGGCACGGCCGUGGAAGCGGCGGUGGCCUAUGCGCAGGCGGUCGGGGAGACGCCGCCGGUGGCGGCGGAGGCGGAGGCGGUGGAGGAGGCGGAGGCGGAGGCGCAGGCGGCGGCGCAGGCGGAGGCGGUGGAGGAGGCGGAGGGCUUGCGCUUGCACCUCUCCAGCCACAACCACACCGGCUACAAGUGUGUCUACAGGCUCACCUCUGGCAGCUUCGAAGCCAGUAAGUACGAGAACGGCAAGGCAGUCUAUCUGGGCUGCUUCGGCACGGCGGUCGAGGCGGCGGUGGCCUACGCGCGGGCGGUCGGGCGGUCGGCGGAGGCGGGGCCAUCGUCAUCGGCGGCAGAGUCAGAGGCGCCGCCAGCAGGCUCUGUGGCGGCAACUCCUUCCGCCGUCGCCACCGUCUCCCCUGCCUUCUCCGCCGGCACGUUUGCGGAAGGAGACCACGUCUCGUCGGCACCGGGGCGCGCGCAGCACGGCAGGUGCGCAAAGUGGUUCCCCGCGCGCAUCGCCGCAGUCAACGCAGACGGCACGUACGACCUGGCCUACGAGGACGGAGACGAGGAGGAGGGGCGCACGACCUCCUCGGAGCGCACGUACGCCAUCUACCACAGCCCGGCGGGGCUGCGCGCCGCCUCGCUGACCGACGCGUGGCGCAAGCACGACGCGGAGGCCGAGGCGGAGGCGCUGACGCUAAACUGGCUGGAUCGGCUGCCGCCGCGCCGGCUCAAGCCGCUCUGCGAGGAGAAGGGGCUGCCGACGUGCGGCAACUCGGAGGCGCUGGCGAGGCGGCUGCGCGAGAGCGGCGGUCUGAGCGUGUCGCAGCUCAAGGCGCUGUGCGAGGCGGAGGGCCUCGUCAAGCAGGGCACCAAGGCGGAGAUCGCGCGGCGCCUGCGCGACAAGCUGCGUCGGGAGGCGGGCGCCACUGCUGCCCCCGAGGCGGCCUCUUCUCCGUCGGCCUCGGCAAGCGGCAAGGGCACCAAGCAAUCCCACGACGCGUCGUCGUUUCGAGAAGCGCUUGCGGCGGAGCCGGCAGCGGCGGUGGUGCCGGAGGCGGAGGGCUUGCGCCUGCACCUCUCCAGCAGGUCCGACAAUCGCACCGGCUACGUCGGUGUCUUUGCGCGGGGACCACGCUUCGAGGUCUCCCACCGCCGUGUCUACCUGGGCCACUUCGACACGGCGGUGGAGGCGGCGGUGGCCUACGCGCGGGCGGUGGCGGCGGCCGGGCAGGAGCCUGUGGCGGCUUGCGCGCGGGCGUUCGGGCAGGCAGGAUCGGGGGAGGAGGCGGAAUCGGAGCCAACGGCGGCGCUCCGCGCGGACGAGAUUGUGACGGCGAUCGUGUGCGACGGCUGCGAUGGCGGUUUCGAGCUGCCGCCGGGGACGCUCGCGCCCGAGGGCGAGUGGUUUUGCGCGGCGUGCUAUGCUCGCGAGGUAGCGGGGGCGCCUGCUCUUUCACCACCGGCGGAGGCGGCGGCGGAGGCGGCGGCGGCAGCGGCGGUCGUGCCGGAGGCGGAGGGUUUGCGCCUUCAUCUCUCGAGCAGCAACCCGACCGGCUACACGGGCUUGGUCCAGCUACCCUCCGGGCGCUUCCAGGUGCGGCGCCGGAUGGGCGGGAGAGAGAAGGUCUCCCUCGGCAUCUUCGACACGGCGGUGGAGGCGGCGGUGGCCUACGCGCGGGCGGUCGGGGAGGCGCCGCCGGUGGCGGCGGAGGCGGCGGCGGAGGCGGCGGCGGAGCCGGCGGCGGCAGCGGCGGUCGUGCCGGAGGCGGAGGGUUUGCGCCUUCAUCUCUCGAGCAGCAACCCGACCGGCUACAAGGGUGUCUACAGGCUCACCUCUGGCAGCUUCGAAGCCAGUAAGUGCGAGAACGGCAAGGUAGUCUAUUUGGGCUGCUUUGGCACGGCGGUGGAGGCGGCGGUGGCCUACGCGCGGGCGGUCGGGGAGACGCCGGCGGUGGCGGCGGAGACGGCGGCGAAGGCGGCGGCGGAGGCGGCGGCGGAGGCGGAGGCGGCAGCGGCGGUGGUGCCGGAGGCGGAGGGCUUGCGCCUGCACCUCUCCAGCCGCAGCCCGACCGGCUACACGGGCGUCAACAAGGAACGACGCCGCUUCCGAGCGAGGUUCAACGUUACCCACCUCGGCUGCUUCGACACGGCGGUCGAGGCGGCGGUGGCUUAUGCGCGCGCGUUCGGGGAGGCGGCGGCACAGAGCAAGGGCACCAAGCGCCCGCGCGACGCCUCGCUGGCGCCUGGCGACGAGGAGGACCUCGAAGAGCACGAGCUGCGCGAGGCAGUGCAGCGGCUCGCCAGUCGCACCGCCAGAGGCGUGACCUUGUACGAGCCCGGCUCAGGCUGGCGGACCUACGAUGGCGGCUCUCCGCAGAGCUCGGGCCUUCUGGAAGAUGCGGUGGAUGGCGACGAGGCGUUGUCCGUCGUCGCCGCCGUUGUAAGCGACGGCGACGGGUCCGAGGACGGCUCGGCGGACGGCGCGGAGGUCGUCGAGAUGGCGUUCGACGGGACGAACGCUGUCGGAUCUGGCCGCAGCUCGGGCGAGCCGAGCGGCGGGUCCGACGUUUUGAUCGCGCCGGGUCGCGCCCGGCCGCCACCGCCGCCCGCCGGGUGGGUGUGGCCGCGCGAGGGGGGUGUGAUCGAGGUGGAGGUGGAGGAGGAGGAGGGGCAGCCCGCCGCGUGGCUCCGCGCGACCGUGACGGCCGUGCUGGAGGACGGUUGGUUUCAGGCGCUGGUCCGCACGCCGUCCGACGAGGCCCGAUGGCACGACUGGUUCUCGUGGCGCGAGGAGGGCACCGAUUGGCGGCGCGUGCCGCUCCGCCAGGAGGCAGCGGCGGAGCCGUCGUCGUCGGCGGCGGCGGCGGCGGAGCCAGAGGCGGCCGAGCCAGAGGCGGCCGAGCCAGCGGAGCCAUCGAGCCAGCGAGGCGGUGCGAUUGAGGCGGCGCUUGCGGGCCCGGCGCCGUGGUCGCGGGCUGAGGAGCAGCACCUUAGCGAGGCGAUCCGCGAGUCCAUGCCCGCGAUCCACGCGCGCUUCGCCGCAAAGGAAGGCGGCAGCACCGCCCGCUCGGCUGAGGAGCUAAUGGGUCGCUUCGUCGCGGCCGCGCGCUGGCAACGCGCUGAGGCGGCCGCGCGCUGA